AUGGCCGGAUAUGCUCUGAAAAGGUUGAUGACAGAAUAUCGAGAGCUGACAUUGCACCCUCCAGAUGGAAUAUUAGCAGCGCCAGUUGACGAGGAAAACUUCUUUGAAUGGGAGUGUUUGAUCACCGGACCAGAGGACACGUGUUUUGCCAAUGGAGUAUUCCCAGCCCGGAUUUCUUUCCCACAAGAUUACCCACUGAGUCCACCGAAGAUGAGGUUCACCUGUGAUCUCUUCCAUCCAAACAUUUAUCGUGACGGUCGUGUUUGCAUCUCGAUUCUUCAUGCACCCGGGGACGAUCCGACUGGAUACGAAACAAGUAGUGAGCGUUGGUCACCUGUUCAAAGUGUUGAGAAAAUUCUUCUCUCCGUAGUUAGCAUGUUGGCAGAACCAAAUGAUGAAUCGGCGGCCAACGUCAACGCGGCAAAAAUGUGGCGCGAGGAUCGGGUCAAGUUUAACCAAAUUGCCGACAAUCUUGUGAGGAAAACGCUGUGUCUACCAUUAGCCGACUCG